GUUAAUUGCUCAAUUUAGACUUAACACUUUUGUCUUUUGAUCGCACUUACCAACAUUGGCUGUCAAUAAAAUGCAAUACUGUGCGGGAGGGAGUUUUGUCGCUAUGAUAUGAAUUCAGAAUUAACCGCAUAAAAUAUCCAAUUAUGGUCAAUCAAAAUCUUAAUAACCAGAGACAGAAUAAAAAAUAAUUUCCUACGCUGUUUUUUCAGUCAUUCUUUGCAAAGGAAACUCAUAAUAUAUAAUAUAAUCUCUCAAGCAUGAAUAAGAUAGCCAGAUUAGCUCAUUCCGCAGCAAGAAAAUGGGAAAUGACGGAUAAAUGUUUACCUAAUAAAUAUCUUUUGUAUCGGGAUCAAAAUUUGAGUUUAGAAAUGGUUCAAUCUGACGGUAACAGAGAAGACUGGACUUCAUUUUUUGAUAUAUGUGUCCAUUCUUUUCAAAAUGACGUUGUUUACAAGCAGUUAUAUCAAGACGAUGAACAGCGAAGUAAAUUUCUAAAAUCUUACUACGAACAUUUAUACAGAUGUGCAUAUAAAGAUGAUCUGGGAAGCCUCGCAUAUUUACAAGCCACAGAUAUGAAAACGAAGGCAAAAUAUAUGGUUGGAGGGUUAACAAUUUCUAAGGAAUGGAAUGAAAAGGAACAAGAAGAUCCUAAAAUGAAAUUUAUAAACGAAAUAGCAUGGGAGAAGUAUAUCAGGCAUGAUCGGUGGUUACACAGAAAUAUCUAUCAGCGGUUUUUAGAUGUUUCAGGCUCUGUAGGAAAAAAACUGGUGUAUCGUAAGAACCGGGUACUUUUGAACGAUUAUAGAUAUAUUAUCCCAUCGGGUGUUUGGGCCGAUAUAGGCGCCCAAAUGAUGCUUGAACAUUCAUAUGGUGAAACAUGGAAAUCGGACUGCAUAGUUGUCGCUAUGACAGACAAUCCUCCGUUAGCGCGUCAUUUAUCACGUCAUAAAUGCAAAGUCGUUCAAAUUUAUCAAUGCGAUGAUGGCAAUUUUUUCAAGGGAAACAAAAUAGACACUAAGAAUGAAGGCGAUGAUGAAUUAUUGAUUUUUGUUUAUCUAUAUGGAAUGAAUGAUAACGAAGAACUUUUCAAUUAUAUCAAAUAUAAGACUCACGACAAAACCUGUUCUUUGAACGACAAUACUGUCAAGGAGAUAAUGCUCAAACAGUAGAAAAUUUAACAAUUAAUAAUUUCAAAAAAGAGAAGGACGUCAUCUUCAUCCGAUUAUCCUAUUCUAUUAAAUAUUUCAAGUAAGUUUUUCACAACAGGCGAAGUAUUCAUAUAAAUAGAAUCCUUCUUUUUCGAUGCCAAGCGAGUAUUUCAUAUUUUCAUUGCAUAUAUACGAUAUUCAAUAUUGUAUGAAUUUAUAUAUUUAUAACAUGUUCGUAUAAUCAAUCGAUCAUUCUAUUUUACAUGAAACAAAUGGGAAGCUAGUAUCUUUAUUAAAUAGACAGUAACUUUUCCUUACUUUUAUUAUAUAUUUUUUAUAUUUUCCUUCCAUUUUGAAUAUAUAUAUACAAGUACGUUUCAAUAAAGGAUAGUCUAGGCUUCGGCAGCUUGAUAAAACUUAUUAUAUAUAUAGAGGAAGAUGCUGCUAUUUUAUUGCUUCAGCUUCUGAUUUCAUCUUAUUCAAGUAACCUUGUGACACAGGUCACAUACAAACUCACAAGUAUGUGAAGCAAAUGUAGUUCGUCACAUGGCACCGCAACACAUAUUUUGAAUAUGGUUCAAAAUAAAUAAAUAAAACGAUUAUUUGAAUGUUGCAUUCUAUUUAAGGGACCAGAGUUAAUAAACGAACUUUAUUCUGCUCUACUCUGUUUCCGUAUUUCGGGGAAAAAAAUAUAUUAUGUUGUUCAUUCACAAUAGUUAAUUUUUCUCGAAUAUCUUCCAUGUGGUUUGAACCCAAUUUUCUUUCUACUUAUUGUUCAAUAUUUUCCAUACGUAUAGAAAAUAAACAAAUUGUAAAUAAACUCAUUUCCGUUUACUUCGGA